AACUUUCAGCUGACAUGGAAGCCACCAGAGCAGCCUUAGAAAACGAACAUAAACUACAAAUUUUACAAAUGCAGACAAUCAGUGCGUUAUGGAAUAAGGUGGUGAGUCUGCAGCCUUACCCAAAAGAAGAGCCUGGUGGAGUUGGCGACGUCAAAGAUUUGGCCGAAACUUGUUUGAGGUUGAAUAAUCAGGUGCAACAACUGCAGGAAUCGAUGCAGGAGGUGUUGCGCUGUGUGAGCCCGGGAGGAGGCAACGUUGCCAACAACAGCAGCAGCAGUGUUGCCGCGUCCGGCUGCAUCAGCACUCAGACUGAGAUCGUGGCAGUUCACACGCCACAGGAGGGGGACACCUCCCGCUUCCCCUUCCAGCGGCCUUCUACACUGCCCCUCCCGCCCCACCAGCUCACCAACUAUGCCGACACUCUGGUCGAUGACGUCAUCAAGACCACGGUCGCUCACAAUAGUCAGGAUGCCGCCGGAUCCUAGAAGGAUGGUAGGCUGCAAGCACAAGUCUCUCAAUUUUGUUACCUCAUAGAAUUAAUUCAAUUGGGAGAGUGAAAAUUAAUGUUUAAAUCUGAGGAUGUAAUUGAAGUUGGGAGAAAAAGUGUUGAGUUUUUGUUAGAGGGUUAGUCAUAGAGAAAAGAUAGCACAAGAAAAUAUCCUACGGUAUAAAGUGUUUAUGUUCCAAAUUUCAAUAUUAACUCAAGCCGAUAGUCCGUCCCAGUAGUUAUUUUUUGUGAAGCUAUGUAACGCUGGUAGUCUCCCAUACUGUGGCGUUUUUACACGUUCGCUCGGAGAAAACAGUAACUUUAGACAGUAGUCGGCUUGGGUUAACAAAAAUCGGUUAACAAAAAAAUUUUCAAUUGAAUUUAAUUUAUUUAUUUGCCAAAAACAAAAUUCAAAAAAAUAUAAGCUAUUGCACUUAACUAAAAUACAUACAUAAUAAAGGAACUGCUAAUUUAUUCGAUAAGAAAUUAUAUCCUUAUUUUAUCCGAAAUAAUAAUUAUUAAAUGAAGAUUUGGAGCAUAAACGACCUAUACCAUGGGUUCUUAUGCUAUCUUUUGUCUAUGGUUAAGUUGGCUUAAAUAAUUGAAAAAGUAAUGAAUUUGUUGAUGUAAGAGUUAGUGGACGUAGGAGAUUCGCAGGGUUUUAGUUGUUUGUAAUUAAGGGAAGAGCUUGUGUGGAUCGUAGGAAAUGAAACCAAAAAAUUGUAACUAUGCCUUGAAUGCUAUGCAAUCUGAAAUUCCACUUGAUGUUAAUGAUAGAAGUUUUGAAAUUGAUAAACAGAUGGGGAUUUGCUAUUAGAUGGUUUGAGUUUAAUUGAACUUGAAGUGCCGUUUGUACAGUAGGCCUAUCGUUUAAACGGAAUCUCAGCUUAAACCGAUCAAAUCAUGUCUAGUUUCGUUUGCAAUGUGAUUAAUUUUGAUAUUAAACCACCAGCUGAUUGAAUUCAGUUUGUGCUUUCACUGUGCAGACGGCCCUCAAUAAAAUAAGUUGAGACUAGCUGAUCAAAUAUUGGAGUUCCCAGAUAGAUAGUGUGGAAGCUUUGCUAUCUCAUACAAGUCAAAUGUAUUAAAUGUGAUAUCGCUUUAUCAUUUAACGCCAGCAGUAUUGCCUUAUUAAAUAUAUUCAGGCACAUCAGUUUUCAUGAGAGAGUCACGAUUUCAUUCAAUCUGACAACGCUGCUAUUUGGUCGGCUGGAAGCUCAAGUCACAAUUAUUUUAACAAUAGAAUUAAAAUAUAUAAAUAAAUAAUUAAUCAUAGUCCUGGGUUAAUAUUAAUUUAGAUAGUAGUCAUUGCUGCUCUCACGCUUCUCCAUAACAUUCUUCCUCUUCGAGUCAUAACCAUAGAAUACAUUCAAUUGGGACAUUGAAGUUGUUGAAUUUUAAGAUAUACUUGAAGUUCGUAAGAAAAGUUCGUGAUAUUCAUAUUCGAAUAUUAGAUAUAUAUUUAUAUUUACUGUAAAACUCCUAACCCAAUUCGGUAGAAGAGUAUUUUAAAAAUAUAGCAAGUCUCUUUCAAUAUUCUCAUUACUACACAGUGUCCAAACUCAUGAUAUUUCUCGGUUUAUAUAGACAUUCUAGAAAAAAGGAUUGAAAUAAAGAUAAAAUUAAUGUCGGUUGAACAUUCAAAUAAUGACAAAUCUAGCAGAAAUGACAAAACACAAAGACAUGCAACAAAACAUUAUUCUGAACUAUCGCAAAGAACUGAUGAGUUGGAUUCCAGCAGAGAGAGCAAUUAUUCUGAUAAUUAUUCCAAGUGA